UUCAUGAACCAUCACACUGUAAAGUCUUAUUGGAUGAAAAAGACUCUGAAUAAGAGUGCCUUUUUUGUACAUUGAAUUUCCUGCCAUAUCCGCCAUGCAAAGGGGAUUUUGAGAAUCUCCCAAUCCAGAAACCCUUUGAAUGGUAGGAAAAACACAAGAUCUGUAUAAAGUCACCCCUUCACUCUGCAAAAGUCUGUAUGAGCCAUAUAGAGUAACAUUCUCCAUAGCGGCAUCAUACCCUAAGCCAAGCUAUAACCUUUUCCUUUUUUUGUUAUUUUUUUGUUUACCACCAUGUCUUCGGAUACAAAGAAAAGCCGUGGCCGUCAGAAGAUCGAGAUGAAGAAAAUGAGCAACGAGAGCAACCUCCAAGUCACCUUCUCCAAACGCCGUACCGGCCUCUUCAAGAAAGCCAGUGAGCUUUGCACCCUCUGUGCUGCUGACGUUGCACUCGUUGUGUUCUCCCCCGGAGAGAAGGUCUUCUCCUUCGGUCACCCCAACGUCGACGCCGUCAUUGACCGCUACCUCGCGCGGGCCCCGCCGCAGGACAUGGGCACCAUGCAGUUCAUCGAGGCUCAGCGCAUGGCCAACGUGCGUGACCUCAACGCGCAGCUCACUCAGAUCAACGCCCAAUUGGAGGAAGGGAGGCAACACGGGGAGGAGCUGAAUCGCAUUACGAAGGAAUCACAGGCCCAGCUAUGGUGGGCCCAGCCCAUAGAGAAAAUGAGCCUGGCCCAGAUGGAGCAGUACAAGGCGGCGUUGGAGGAGCUGAAGAAACUGGUUGCGCAUCUUGCUGACAGGGCCAUGCUUGAGACUGCAACAAAUCAGGGUCGUCAGUUUUUUCCCGGGGCUCCUUCCUCUUCCAAUCUGCUGCAUUACCCACACCCUUCUCCGGUGUUCCCCCAACCGCUGAUUCAGCCACCCAUGCUUCAGAACUUCAUGCUUCCUGAUGGGAGCAUCGUAGGCCACCAAGGAUUUAAUCACAUGGAAAUGGGAGGAUAUGCACCUGGACCAGGACCCUCUGGGGGGAAUAUGUGGCGAGCAAAAAGUAAAGCCUCAAUCUGCUAGCUAUUGGAUCAGACUGAGCCCAAUAAUAACUAGCCUAUGGGCUUGAAGCCCUGAAUGCAUCACGCCCAUUGCCGGGCAACCUUUGAACACCGGCAUGAUG